AUGGUGCAUGCAUCAUGCACUGCGGUGUAUGGCACAGAGAGGCCCUCCUACUUCAGUGGUCAUCUGUGUGCUAUGGCAGAUACCGCUCUCGCGGGAACAGAAGAGAACCUUUACACAUCAUCAACUCAUUCAGAGCUCUUGCUUUUUGGGGCUGUGGGAGCCAUUAGCAACCGACCCGGGCGAAAAGUUCCGUCCGAUAACAAUCUCUUCACUUUUCUUCUUUGCUCCCCUUGUUCUCUAGAAGCAGACCAGCCGAAACUCUAUCCUCCUCUCCGCUCCAUCAUAAUCGAGGUCUCGGUUCUUUUAAGGUCACCGGCGCGAAAGCUUCGUAGCAAUCCUUGGCCGCCCUGCAGGAUGACUUCUUCAAAUAAUUCAAAGUGGGGAAAGUGCACCGGAGAUUCUAUAGGUUACGGACGAAUCUCUGGUUCUAAGGAUAACAACAGCAAUGGCAAUGGAAAUAAUGCACCGAAGGGGUCAUCCUCCUCAAAGGGAAAAAAUUGGAACCAGAUAGGGGACCAAAUAGGCUAUGGGAAGAAGAGGCCACCUCCACCCAGAAAGUAAACAACGCUUCUUGUCUGAUGAUCUGCAUCACUCCCUUUUUUGAAGUUUUGGUUUUUUGAUGUUUCUGUUUCAUUGUAAUAUGCUUCAAGUAGUUUUGCCACUUUCAUUAAAGCCCUGUGCUGUUUAGUUGUGUGUUCGUGGUUUUACCUUGGACUGUAUGCUUUUAUAGUUAAGCAUUUUUUUGAGGAUUGUGUGUUGUUUUAGUGUUGUUUUUUCUCUGCUUUGUAAUGUACUUUCAACAAGUUUCAUCGUAAUCAAGUGUUCGUUUGUUCUCCAAAUUAAA